UGUCCUAGAUGAACAAUGGUUAUACAUGCCUUUAGUAGGUCUUUCAGAAAGAUGAUAAUGUUAAGAGAGAGCGCAGGUUUGCUUGUGUUUGUGACACUACUAACGACUUAUGCAUGCGAUACUUCUGGAUCUAAAGAUGACUCUCCGUCAGCUAACAAACGUUUUCUGCUGGAUGGAAAUGCUGUACCAUCUAAUAUUUCAUUAGAACAGUUUGCAUCGUGUUACCUAACUUGCACACCAACAUAUGGAAAACUCUUGGAAACAUGUUGUAAAUCAGGGCUCAAUGUAGUCUGUUCAAAUCUUCCAUGGGAUAUUUUGAAACCCAAGCUAGGGUCCUGCCCAGGAUUAUCAAAAAGUCCAACCACUUCAGCAUGGUUGUCCCUGGAACAGUUUGCUGCAUGCUUUCUCACUUGUGUUGUUGGUUUCGAAAAACUUACAGAGGCAUGCUGCCAAACUGGAUUAGAUGCUAUUUGUACAAAUUUGCCAUGGGAAAUAUUACAAUCUCAAUUAGGAUCAUGCCGAUCUGACCUGUCAACAAAACCAAGUACCCUGCCUCAACCUUUCUGGUCGUCUUGGGGAACGUGGACAUGUGGACAUCAAGGUUCGAUCUGCUUUCAGACUCGGGAAAGAAAUUGUUCAACGGGAGUAGACAAAGAUUGCGAAUUUCAGCCUGGUGAAAUGCCGACCAACGUAAGACUUUGCUCGGAAUCUACAUGUCCAGAUUUCUUCUCAACAAAAGUUACAAGCACUACAGCUUCGACAACGCCAGCGACUCAUCCUAAUCACUGUUUGAGUUGCUCAGAUGUUGUGCAUCCCUCUGAUUGCACAUAUCAGGUCCUAUGUUAUCCAGGGGAGCUGUGUUACACGGAGUAUAUCAACUUGAAUGGUGCAGAUAGAUACAGAAUGGGAUGUAUCGCAAGCACAGCAUGUGCCAAAACAAUUGCUCAACCGAGCUUAGUCGGAAAGAAAAGAUUUGUAGCAGACGAUCAAAUUGGGAUGGAAAAAUACUGCAGCAAAUGCUGCCAGGAUUCCGUUGGUAACUGUAACCGAGAACUCUGUGGCAUGUCUAGUAACAUAUCUUCAGGAGUUGAUGUAUUUGAGCUGAUCACACCUCCGAAAAGACAUGACUUCUGCGGUGAUUUAUUCCCAGCAACAUGCCAAAUUGUGAUUCUACAGUCGCCAGAGCUUUGCAAAGACCCCAGAUACUCAUAUUAUGCAUGUAGAGAAUUCUGCGGCACGUGUGUCAAUCCAGGUCAUAAUACAGGUAAACCGCCAACAACCGUCCAGAGUGGUAAUACAGAUUGCUUCUACGACAGUACACGCUAUAUGGGUGGAUAUUCAACAUCUGUAUCCGGAAAACCCUGUUUGAGUUGGUCUCACGUAGAUCCAACACUAACAGGUUUUCCCGACGGUUCAAUAUCUGCUGCUUCUAACAAAUGCCGGGAUCCAGACAAUCGAGGUUUUCCAUGGUGCUACACAUCAGAUACCUUUGAUUGGGAGUUUUGUCCAGUUCCUUUUUGUCAGGAAUGUUUCUAUGCCAAUCAAAGCCAAAAAUAUGACGGAUUUGUCCAUGUUGAUAAGAAAAACAAUACAUGCAAACCCUGGACAAAUUAUGUUGCACAUACUGGAGACACUAACGUCAACUUUCCAAACAACUCUGUAGCGGAUGCUAAAAACUAUUGUCGUGAUCCCAAAAACUCCGGAACACCUCAAUGCUAUAACGGUAUUGAUUUAAAGGCGUGUGAUGUAGCACAAUGUCCACAUGAAUGUAGAGAUGACCCAUUGACUAACUGUGCAUUAGUUCAGCAUUUUGUAUGCAAGUAUGAAUAUGCAAGCGUCACAUUAUGCCCGAAAACGUGUGAUAUGUGUACAUUCGGACUGCUGCCCCCUGUAAAACUAAAUCCACCGGCAGAUAUUUGCGUCGAUAACACUGAUGCCAAUUGUGAAAUACUUCAAAGUAUUAUAUGUGCGGACCCUGAUGGCGCCAUUAAAUUGUGUCCUAAAACCUGCAGGAAAUGCAAUGUGUUGUAUGGCAUUUCUACCAAAUCUGCAAAAACAUUCCUAACAACCAAGCCACAAACUUUUAAAACUUCAACUAUCAUAUCAACUUCUACUUCGCCAUUGGCACAAUCAACCGUACCAAUAACUAAACCUGUCUGGUUACCAUGGGAAAGUUGGGUUUGUAAUCGGCAGUCUGAUUCAUGUUUUCAAAGACGAUUUCGAAAUUGCUCUACGGGAAAUGAUAAUGAUUGUAUUCAGAGUCAGGGAGGAGAGGCAUACAGCAUUGGUUUGUGUAUGGAAACAACGUGUCCAGCUAUUGCAAAGCCUCAUUGGUCACCAUGGGGAAGUUGGGAUUGUGAGCUGCAGGAUGGUGCAUGUUUCCAAAGACGAUUUCGAAAUUGCUCGACGGGAAUUGACAAUGAUUGUGUCCAAAGUCAGGGAGAUGUAUCAUACAACAUUAAUGUUUGUACUCAGUCUACGUGUCCAGAAAUGUUUACAAGGACUACUCAGAUGACGACGAUACAGACAGAUCUUUGUGAAGAUGAUCCAAAGGCUCUCGGGUGUACCAUACCAGAUAUACUUUCUGAAGUAUGUAGAGAUAAGCAAACUGCAUGGAAUUUGUGUCGCAGAUCAUGCCGGUUGUGUGAUACUUGUUGGGACUACCUAAAUUGCACUACAAAGGAUGCUCAGAAUUUGUUCUGUGGCAAAGACGAAUAUGCAAUUCAGUAUUGCAGGCAAACGUGUGGAAGAUGUGACCAUAAGCCUGUGGAUGUACAAUUAAAUAAAUGUGGAGACCCUGUUACGUCUGAAGUAAUCUGUGAACAGCUUCAGAAUGAAAUUUGUAUUUGUAAUGACUCAGCUUUGGCUCAACUGUGCGGAAAUUAUUGUGCCAAUAAGUGCAUUGGAUACCCCUUCCCUGGAUCUAACUGUCUACCUGCUAGACGAAAGAAAAGAGAUGAAAUCCUCAAUCAAGUUGUAUUUAACUGAAAAUUGAUUUCGUGUUAUACAUGCUAUUAAGAUAUUUGAAAGUGAUAGUUGUUAAUUUGCAAUCAUCUUCUUUUUAAUAGAUAUUUAAAAU